CAGACAGAUGUGAGCAAUUUAAGAAGCAUGCAUGGUUUACGCAAUAUUUUGUUCACACGCCGAUAGAGAAAUGAGUAAGAACUUGCCUUAUCACCUUGUUGCAGAAGUCUCCGCCUGAGGGGGCGGGGCUAGAUGUGGGGUGAAUAGCACGUUUCAAACCGGGGGCGGGGGCCCAGUGAGAGAGAGAGAGCUCUAAAAUUACUACCAUACCUUCACCCUGCUCUCAUCCUCCUCAGUUUUCAAACAUUUGUCGUAGAGGGAGGAUACUACAGGCGUGGCUGCUCAGACCUUUUUGGUUUUAUUUUGGGCCAAGUUCAACGAAGCUACCUGCUAUUUUCUCUCCCCUCCCCACUUUCCCCUUUUUGUUUUGCGAUGGCCAAAGGAGAAGGAGCUGAACAAUACUCCAAUGCCAGCUUAUUAAACAAGUCGGUCAGCUCGGAUGCUAUCAAGCUCUCAAGAAAGCAUGAGCACAGGACCAGGUUGUCGCUCUGCAACAAGAUCUGCUAUGCGAUCGGCGGCGCGCCCUAUCAGAUAACAGGAUGUGCUCUGGGCUUCUUCCUGCAGCUCUACCUACUCGACGUAGCUCAGUUGGAUCCCUUCUACGCCUCAAUCAUCCUGUUCACCGGCCGAGCGUGGGACGCCGUGACGGACCCCACGGUGGGCUUUCUGGUCUCCCGGAGCCCGUGGACUCGUUUCGGACGGAUGAUGCCCUGGAUCUUACUGUCCACUCCUUUUGCCGUGAUGUCUUAUUUCCUCAUAUGGUACGUCCCCCCCUUUGAAAACGGCAAAGUCAUCUGGUAUAUUUUCUUCUACUGCAUCUUCCAGACCCUGCAGACAUGCUUCCAUGUGCCAUACUCUGCCCUCACCAUGUUCAUCACCUCCGACCAGAAGGAGAGGGACUCUGCUACGGCGUAUAGGAUGACGGUGGAGGUUCUGGGCAGCGUCCUCGCCACGGCCAUCCAGGGUCAGAUCGUGGGCAACGCUCACGCCCCCUGCCUGUCCUACAACUCCUCCAUUCCCCCGAGCCACAACAACUCGGACCAUUCCCUGCAGCACACGAGGAACGCGUACAUGAUCGCGUCUGCCGUCAUCUGCUCCAUGUACAUCCUGUGCGCCGUCGUCCUGUUCUCCGGCGUGAGGGAACACGAGGCUGUGGGGAUCAAAUCGAAGCCGAUGCCUUUCCUCCAGGGCAUUAAGAUGGUGAUGGGGUACGGGCCGUACGCCAAGCUGGUCAUGGGCUUCCUCUUCACCUCGCUGGCUUUCAUGCUCCUGGAGGGAAACUUCGCUCUCUUCUGCAGCGCCACGUUGGGAUUCAGGAAGGACUUCCACAACAUCCUGCUGGUCAUCAUGUUCUCCGCUACGCUGGCCAUCCCGUUCUGGCAGUGGUUCCUGACUCGCUUCGGGAAGAAAAUGGCAGCUUACGUCGGAUCCUUGUCUGCCGUUCCCUUCAUGAUCCUGGUGGUGUGCGUACCGAAGAACCUCAUCAUCACCUACUUCGUGUCUUUUGCCUCCGGCGUGGCUGUGGCUGCAGCCUUCCUGCUGCCCUGGUCCAUGCUGCCUGACGUCGUCGACGAUUUCCAGGUCCAGAACCCGGACUCCACGGGACACGAAGCCAUCUUUUAUUCCUUCUACGUUUUCUUCACCAAGUUCGCCUCUGGCAUCUCGCUAGGCGUUUCCACGUUGAGUUUAGACUUUGCUGGAUACAUCACCAGAGGUUGCUCCCAGCCUAAGGAAGUGGACCUGACCUUGAAGCUGCUGGUUUCGGCCGCCCCCGUCGCCCUCAUCUUAAUCGGCCUGGGAAUCCUGUACACAUACCCCAUCACCGAGGAGAGGCGGCAGGGCAACCGCAAGAUCCUACAAGAGCUGAGGGACGAGGCGGACUCGGAGUCAGACUCCACGGAGGUGACGGAAAUGAUCUAGCGCAUCUUCUGGAAGCGGCUUCCGGACCAGUCUGUUGGCCGGCUGGCAUUUUGCACUGGGCGGGACCAACGGACCAGGACCAGGACCAGGACCCGGACCUCCCCAACAGACCCCAGGGGCCCGUCGGAUCGCGCAGAAACCGCAUCGUCCGGCCAAUGCUGCUGCUGCGGAUCCAAGUACAAACCGUAUGAGCCGCGCUGACUGAGGCCUUUCCCAAAACAUCCCGCUCCUCCAUUUUUAUUAUUUUUUUAAUAUCCACAAUGUUUUUCUGGUGUGACUUUCGACGCCUCGCCAAGCCUUACCUUUUUGUACGACAUGCUACUAUUGAGUACAAAGUGAGAAUCUUUUCCUUUUAAAGGUUGGUCUCUAAAUGAAAUUGCACAAAACAAAAUGUAAAAAGGAAAAGGGGCGGGAGGGAUAAACUUGCAUUAAUGGUGCUUUUGUACAUGCGACACUGAACAGUAACGACAUUUAGCACUGCGCUGGAAAUGACGUCACAGUAGACUUGCAAACAUCGGAGGAAACUGCCAUUUUGUAAUCUUGUGUUUUUUGCCUGAAUUUCCCUCGUAUUUCAGAGGCAAAGUUUUGGGAAAAAGAGAAUGCACAAACAGACGAGUGCCAACCGCUCACUGAAUAUCUCAUUGUAGUUUGCAAAAAACAAAUCGCGUGAGCACAGCGAGUUUGCACAAAAAAGAAAAACUGCACAGUUUCUCCAGUCAACUGUUUUAAAAAAAAUGUUUAUUUAUAACAGCUACUGAUGACCGCGUCAUUUCUUAACGCUUUAAUUUCUUGAAACCUGGAACGAAACCUUGACGACAGCUAGCACAUAUGUUUAAAUAAUUAAUUUAAAUAUUUAUUAAUGUGAUUUUUACAGUCUUCCUCUUUGCAGUAUUUAAAAUAUAUUUAAGGUCUGUAGGGUUGCACUUACGGAAUCUGCAGAGCUUUUUGUUCAGUUGUCUCUUUUUAAAUGUGACCCGUGCAUCUCUCAGUGGAUGUUGCCAUUACUACAAUCCUACAGUAAACAAAAAGUUUGUGCGCUCCUGUUAAAACGGCGGUAAAAGAGAAAGAAAGAAAGACAAAAAAUAUGCCGGAUAAGAUUUUGAAACGAUUCAGCUUUACAUCAUAAAUUCCUGCCUUAUGACAGGAGUGUGUGGACUUUUUUUUUUAAUUAUUACUAUUCUUACCUCUUCUACAACACUGUAUGUAUUUAAAAAUAAAAAAAAAGGGAACACACACAGUUUUGAUUGGAAAAAUGAGUGUGAAAACAGAGCAGUGAGUGUUUUGUUGUUUUUUUUUUUUCCCUUGAUUCUUUAAAUAUUGUUUAAUAUUGUUUAUAGAAACAACUAGGACACUUUGUAAUCACCUCAGUUCUCCACAAGUGGAAAAAGAAAAAACUCAAGAGGACUGACAUGUUUCAUAUCUACCGAUAUGGAAAUGUGUAUAUGUAGUGUCAUAUGUUAUACAUACUGUUACAUCUUGGACGUGACAACUAAGUUGCCAUAGUGAUUUUUUUAUUUUUUUUAUUUUUUAUGCAUUAACUUCUUCCUCUGUCUCUUCCGAACGAUACUGUACGUGCCAUCGUCACUCACUGCAUUUGUAGUUAUUGUACAUCCUGUAAAUGUUUGGUUCUGCGUAGUGUUUUUUCGCGUGCGUCUCAUGACCGAGGUUGUUGACAAAAUGUGUGAGCUUUAGUCCCGCAUUGGGGACACACAAGCCUCGGAGACUCCGCCUCCUGUUCAUAUGUAAAUAUUGUAAGUAAACAUGUAAAUAGACCUGAUAUUUGUUUGCAAGUGAAUGGAUUUCUGUAUACUGUACUGUAGUUAUUUAAGAAAAAAUAAGAAUACUGUGAUGGAAGCAAAUAAUAAAACAUGAUUAAGUGGAAUGAAAA